AUGAACAAAACUGACUACAUUCAGGAGGCUCACAGACAACUUUCCAAUACCGCCUUUUACACAAAAUUGGACUCAGACCCCACACAAGAAUACAAGAAAGAACUGAACAAGAUUGUUAAGGAGCUACCCCCACACAUCCAAGAACAGAUCCUCACCAACACACCAACAGAACCUCGACCAGGAACUUUCUAUCUUCUACCUAAAAUACACAAACCAGGAAAUCCAGGACGCCCCAUCAUUUCAGGUAUUGGCACUAUUACAGUGGGUGUCUCCGGUUAUAUGGACUCUGUUCUGAAACCAUAUGCCAUCAGUGCUCCCAGCUAUGUACGUGACACCACAGAUUUUCUGAGGAAAAUACAAUCUUUAAAUAAUCUUCCCAACAAUACUAUACUAGCUACUAUGGAUGUGGAAUCUCUGUAUACCAACAUCCCACACAACGAUGGUUUACAAGCUAUAAGGAACACCAUUUCAGAUAAAACCACAGCGGACCUUGCCACCAAACUCUGCCAAUUUGUCCUUACCCACAACAACUUCAAAUUCGGUGAUGACCUGUUCCUUCAGAUCAGCGGCACAGCAAUGGGCACCCGCAUGGCCCCACAGUAUGCCAACAUCUUCAUGGCAGAUUUAGAACAACGUUUCCUAAACUCCUACCCACUCAAACCUCUCUUGUACCUGCGAUACAUUGACGAUAUUUUUAUCAUCUGGACACAUGGUCAACAGACCCUGGACACCUUUCACCAGAAAUUUAAUGAUUUUCACCCCACAAUCAACCUUACAAUGAAUCAAUCUAUGCAAGAAAUACAUUUUUGGACACUACUAUAA